CUGCAAAUCAUGAGGGGAAUCGUGCUCCUGUUAGCGGUCGUCCUGGCCACCGCCUCGGCCGUGAAUCUGCCUGGAGUGCCGGUGGACUUUGAGUUGGAUGAUCAUGUGCUUUCCGCCAUUGCGGACGACAUAGCCGAGCGCCUGGCCAACGAGUAUGUGACCUUCCUGAAAACAGGAGUGGAGACGCCGGAGUUCCAGAAACUGACCAAGCAGCUGGCCAAGUCUCACAGCCAAAAGGACAUUUUCACCCGGAACAUGAUCGAUCUGGAGCCCAGGGAUAGUUUCUUUGUGUGCACAGCCUGCCGCGCUGUGAUGCGGGUCUUCAUCCGGACAAUUCGUGACGAGGAGGGGGAACUGCAUGGCGACGACAGCUCGGUGCUGAUGAAGCAGUUUGCCAUGGACUUUUGCCGCCGGAUGAACAUGCAGACGGACGAGGUUUGCGAGGGCCUGAUCGAUUUCAAUGAGCCCACCGUGGAGUACAUCCUGCGCAACUCGGAGAGCGACUCCCAGACCUUCUGCUCGCUCUUCAUGGAGUUCAACUUCUGCAACACGGGCUCCAAUCCCGACUACAACUGGACCUUGCCCGUGGACAGCACUGGCGAGGCGUUGACCGGUCCCAAGGCGGACACUCCUCGCUUCAGCGACUCCGAUUUAAGGAUCUGCCAGUUCAGUGACAUUCAUCACGAUCCCAUGUAUCAGGCUGGCAGUCUGGCCUCCUGUGAGGAGCCUAUGUGCUGCCAGCGGCACAUAGAAACCGCCCAGGGGACUAGCGAGGCGGCUGGUGCCUGGGGUGACUACCGGGACUGCGAUUUGCCCUGGCAUACCUUCGAGUCUGCUCUGGAUAGCGCGGUGGCCAAUACGAAGUGCGACUUUGUCUACCAGACCGGUGACAUUGUGGACCAUAUGGUGUGGGCCACAUCUGUGGAAAAGAACACUGGUGUUCUGACCAAGGUGAGCCAGCGCCUCGCUGAGGCCUUCGGUGAUGUUCCCGUCUAUCCUUGCAUUGGAAACCACGAGCCUCAUCCUUUGAACCUCUUCAGUCCCGAGGGCGUUCCCGAUGGAAUCAGCACCAAGUGGCUGUACGAGCACCUGUACAACGACUGGUCCAAGUGGCUUCCGGCAGAGACCAAGGAGACGAUCCUCAAGGGCGGCUACUACACGGUGUCGCCGCGCCAGGGCUUCCGCGUCAUCGCUCUAAACAGCAACGACUGCUACACGGACAACUUCUGGCUGUACCACAGCGGCACUGAUAAGAUCCCGCAGCUGCAGUGGUUCCAUGAUACUCUUCUGGCCGCCGAGAAGGCCGGCGAGUAUGUCCAUAUCCUGACCCACAUCCCGUCUGGAGAUGGUACCUGCUGGUCCGUCUGGGCCCGCGAGUUCAAUCGCUGCAUCACGCGUUUCAGUGGCACCAUUAGCGGCAUCUUUACCGGUCACUCGCACAAGGACGAGCUCUUUGUCUACUAUUCGGAGGAGGAGGGACAUGCCACCUCUGUGGCUUGGAACGGUGGUGCUGUCACCACCUACUCCAACAAGAACCCUAACUAUAGGCAGUACGCCGUGGAUCCCAGCACUUACCAAGUGACCAACCAUUGGACGUGGAUUUUCAACCUGACUGCCGCCAAUGAGAAGCCGGAUGAGCAGCCCGAGUGGUUCCUGGAGUAUGAGUUUAUCAAGGAGUUCACCGAGGAUAUGAGUCCUGCUGGCAUUGACAAACUGCUGGACCAGUUGGCCGAGAAUCCCGCUUUGAUGAGGAAGUACUGGCGCUUCCGUGUGACCUCUGCGGAUCCCCAGGUUAAUGGAGGCUGCGAUCGCAAUUGCCUAGCAGGAUCCCUUUGCCGGGCUGCUGUCACCAUCAACAACCAGCGAGGACGCUGCGAGGAGCUCCGCGAGAAGCUGUUCUUUGCUCUGGACAACGAAGAUCCCACCACGGAACCCCCAGAUGGUGGAGAUGAUGACAACGGUGGCGGAGCAGCCACAAUGAGCCUGCUCAGCAUCGGCUCUCUGCUGGCCUUGGUCCUGUCCAUUCGUCUUAGCUUCUAAUUGUACCCCCUAAGUUAUAUAAUGGGAAUGGAUUCCAUUCCGAAAAAGGUGCCUAGUCUCAAGUGGUCAAUAUAAGUAUGCGCUUAUCCCUAUCGAA